AUGCCCACCCCACCACCGGGCACCGUGUUCGACGCGUCCACAAGUGAGACUGGAGAUGGAGCAUCCAUCCUCUUCUCGGAACAGGUCCGCGCAGACACCUACGACAGUGCAGGCCCCAGCACCACUUCAUACCACAACCACCAAAACCAACGUCGCGGGCACGCAGCAGAACCCGAGGGGGACGACGGAGACAACGACACUGAACCGGACGCCGGAAGCAUGUUCUUCUACGUCGUCGACGACAGCGUUCCCACUACGGCUGGUAUCAUGCCGCCAGGACAAGGAAAGGAGCGCGAGGACGAGGCAAUGGAUCAAGACGAACACGACCCACCACCAGACGUCGACAUGAACUUUUGGCUCGAGUCCGGCGAGGAAGGCGACGAGGACGUAGAGGGCGGUGGCGAGACUACACCAAGAGCAGCACCGGCACCAGAAGUAGCAGCAGCCCCAACACCUCCACCACCACCGCCGCCCAUUUUGGAGGUGACUGUGCCUACCGACAAUGAGACGAGCAGCGUUCCCCGGCCCGUCCGCGAUGACAGGUACUGCUCUGCGGAAGUUGUGGAAUCGGAUGAUGACGUCUAUGUUGAGCCAGCAAGUUACCACUCUGGCGACUCGGACGAGUACGAGAUGGAUCACCGACCAUGGUUGGAACGUACGGCCAUCAAGCGCGACAUUCAAGAACUGUACGCCAUUACCGGCAUGCAGAACUCUUUCCUGGGAACUGAACGCUACCGUGCAGUAGAUCGUCUAGGAGAAGGCACCUUUUCAUCCGUCUACCUCGCGCACGACACACUCCAUCACCUCUAUGACAACCGGUCCUGGCGUGAAGAGGACGAACUCAGUCUGAGCGCAAACGGCAAAGUCAAGGUCGCACUCAAGAAGAUUCUUGUCACCAGCUCGCCCUCGCGUAUCGAGAACGAGCUGUCCAUCCUCGAGAACCUGCGAGGGUGCAGAAACGUCUCCCCCCUCAUCUCGGCGUUCCGCGACGAGGACCAGAUUGUCGUUGUCCUCCCCUUCCACCCUUCGGACGACUUUCGCUACUUUUACCGCUUGAUGGACCCACCAAAGAUCAAGCAGUACAUGACCUGCCUGUUCCGCGCGCUCAAGGACACGCACUCGAGAGGAAUCAUCCACCGUGAUGUCAAGCCUGCCAACUUUCUCUUCGACUAUGAAACCGGGCAUGGGGUCCUCGUCGACUUUGGUCUUGCGGAACGCUAUGCUCCUCCACGCCGACCGAUGUGCCAGCACGAGAUUGCGACCCCGGCGUCACCACAUGGUACAAGAACCAAGACUAGCGACACUGUCGCUGUCGAGCAAGCUGUCUAUGACGCGAGGAAACGCGCAAAGUCUGGAGACGGUCGUGUUGGUUUUAGGCAAGAAGACAGCCGCCCUGCCAUCAAGACAAACCGCGCCGGUACACGAGGCUUCCGCGCACCUGAAGUGCUCCUCAAGUGUCCAGAUCAGACAGUCGCGAUUGACGUAUGGUCUGCAGGCGUGAUGCUGCUCUCGAUGCUCGCACACAAGUUCCCAGUUUUCAACUCGACUGAUGACGUCGAGUCUCUCAUGGAGAUUGCGGCUGUGUUUGGCCGUGGGGCAAUGGAACGAUGUGCAUUAUUGCAUAACCGUACCAUCAUGACCAACGUCCCUACGGUGGAUCACCCUCCCGACUCGCUUGCUGCACUCAUCCUGCGUCUCAACCCACACCUCUACACGCCGCACCAGGCACAGCCCACUCGCGAGGAGGCGUUGGCACACAUUACCGAUGUUGAUGCCGCGUUUGACCUGUGUGGACGGCUGUUGCGGCUCGAUGCGACCACCCGUAUCACUGCUGCUGCAGCGUUGCGACACCGAUUCCUUGCCAACGAUGAGGACGACGGACCAGACGAGAUUCUUGAUGUGACCGAGGGCAAGUGUGGACACCUGCACCAGAUCACCGAAGAUGGCACCCACCAAGCUCGCUUCGGAGACGUGAUCGAGGACAUGCGUUAUGGACAAGGCAUCCCGACAUCGCGCGACGCGUUGUGUCCCGAGCACGAGCACUGGCAGCAGCGGAGCGGUGUCAACCCCCUAGGUGCAGCUUAUGGCGCCACGCUCGACGACGAGUAUUACGAAGACGCCGGGUUCCACGUCAAAGAUGAACAUGCCGGAUGGGACGAUGUGGGGCCAGCCCGCACAGUCAUCUGA